AUGAAGCUCCCACCCCUCUCCCUCCUCCCCCUGACCCUCCUCCCCCUGCUCCUCCCCCCCUCCCUCGGCGCCCACACCUCCAACUGGGCCGUCCUGGUCUCCACCUCGCGCUUCUGGUUCAACUACCGGCACCUGGCCAACGUGCUCUCGCUCUACCGCACGGUCAAGCGGCUCGGGAUCCCGGACUCGCAAAUCCUCCUCAUGCUCCCCGACGACAUGGCCUGCAACCCGCGCAACGCCUUCCCGGGCACCGUCUACAACAACGCCGACCGCGCGCUCGACCUGUACGGCGACAACAUCGAGGUGGACUACCGCGGGUACGAGGUCACGGUGGAGAACUUCAUCCGGUUGCUGACGGAUCGGUUGGGGGAGGAUGUGCCGCGGGGGAAGCGGCUGGGGAGUGACGGGGGCAGUAAUGUGCUGGUGUACAUGACGGGACAUGGGGGGAAUGAGUUUUUGAAGUUUCAGGACAGUGAGGAGAUUGGGAGUUGGGAUUUGGCGGAUGCGUUUGAGCAGAUGUGGGAGAAGAAGCGCUAUAACGAAAUGCUUUUCAUGAUCGACACCUGCCAAGCCAACACUCUCUACAAGCACUUCUACUCCCCCAACAUCAUCGCCACCGGCUCCUCUGAAAUUGACCAAUCCUCCUACUCCCACCACGCAGACAACGACGUGGGUGUUGCUGUCAUAGAUCGCUGGACCUACUACAACCUCGACUUUCUAGAAACCCAAGUCACGUCUCCAACUUCAAAGCUCACGUUAGCGGAUCUUUUUGGUAGCUACGAUGAGAGCAAGAUUCAUAGCAAUCCGGGAUACCGAUGGGAUCUGUUUCCAGGAGGGGAGGAGAAGGGCAGGGAGAGAUUGGUGAUGGAUUUCUUUGGAAAUGUGCAGGGUGUUGAGGUUGAAGGAGUGGGCGGGAAUGAGACGGAGUGGAGGGAAGAUAUGAGGAGAUUAGAGGAGAUCAUCAACAGAGCACGCGCGAGAGGAAAAACGACAGAAGCUAAGAAGAGCGAGGCACCUGGUGAGGAGGUAAUAGCGCAUGGGAGGGAUUUGGGCAAGGGAAAGGUUGAGGGCGCAGCCAAGAUUGAAGGAGUUGAGGCGUGGAGCCAGCGGAUUCUGGGAGCGGGAGCUCUUCUUGGGUGUGCGUUAUUUUGGGGUGGGGCUUCUUGGCUGGAGUCGCGGUGA